GUUGUGUCUCCACUACAAGCACGGACCAUCUGCACCAUGCGUCACGCUAAAGUGGUGGUAGUCAUGGUCUGGGUGUUCUCCUUUCUCCUCGCUUUGCCCAUUCUCUUCAUAAUGGAACAUCAAGAGGUGGGCGUAAGAAUUAAAGCUUACUGGUGUGUGAAAUCGUUUUCUGGUAAAAUUCAACACAUCGCCUACGAGCUCUUCAUGUUGGUGCUCAUGUUUAUCUUACCGAUGGGCGUCAUGAUCUGCACCUAUGUCAUCAUUUGUGUCAAGGUUUGGCGCUUCACGGACAUGCGCGCAGACAUGCGUAGUGGGAGCUGUGUCAACCCCAUUGUUUACGCCUUCCUGUCCAAGAACUUCCGUCAGUCCUUCAAAGUCGCAGUCUGCGCAUGUGUGAAAGGAAAAGCGUUUGUUCGUGCCUAUCGCUUCAGCAUGUCUAUUGCCAGCACGAGGACUUCUGCUGUGGCUAGCGGAAGGAGUCAGCAAAGCGCAGUCAUUCGUCGUGAGAAAAGCAGCAGCAGCGGCAACGAACACACGCAGGUGCCCCAGAUGACAGUAGAGGAUGACCUCAUGGAGAUGAAACCUCUGGCGCAUCCUGAUGUUUGAGAAGUAAACGAAGAAAAAGGAACAGCUGUUUGGACAUAAUUUAGAAUUACAAUGAAAACUGACUGGUGAAAUUGAACACCUGUUUCCUUAUUUCGAUCUACUUAAUGAGGCAGGUAAUUGAAAACCUGUAGCCCCUUCCCUGUCAAGCCAAGGGCUGGUAGCUGAUUAGUUAACAGGUGAUAAUUUGAGAAAACUGUAAAACUGUAGAUAUUAUAUUUUACGCCUCCACUGACACUGUUUAUAAGUUUAUAGUUUGUGUCACCAUAUGGACACGGUGGAAUCAGGUACUUGUCCAUUUUGGGGCUUUUUUACUACUUAGUUGUUGGUAGCAAUUUAAAUCCUGUUGAGUGUUCUUGCUUUUUGUGAAAAAAA